AUGGUCAAAGUCGGUAUCAAUGGUUUCGGUCGUAUUGGCCGUAUCGUCAUGCGUAAUGCCCUCGAGAACCAGGACAUCGAGGUCGUUGCCAUCAAUGAUCCCUUCAUUGAGUUGGAGUACAUGGUUUACAUGUUCAAGUACGACACCGUCCACGGCCGCUUUAAGGGCGAUGUCCACACUGCAGAUGGAAAGCUAUACAUCAACAACAAGCCCAUUCACGUUUUCGGUGAGCGGGAUCCCAGCAACAUCAAGUGGGGUUCGGUCGGCGCCCAUUACGUCGUCGAGUCCACUGGUGUCUUCACUACAAUUGAAAAGGCCUCUGCUCAUCUGAAGGGUGGUGCAAAGAAGGUCAUCAUCUCCGCCCCUUCAGCUGACGCACCCAUGUUUGUGUGCGGUGUCAACCUCGACACUUAUGACUCCAAGCACACCGUUAUCUCUAACGCUUCUUGCACGACCAACUGCCUUGCUCCCCUCGCUAAGGUGAUCGAUGACAACUUUGGCAUCGAGGAGGGUCUCAUGUCAACCAUCCACGCGACGACAGCUACUCAAAAGACUGUUGACGGUCCUUCCAACAAGGACUGGCGCGGUGGCCGUGCUGUUAACAACAACAUUAUCCCGUCCUCCACGGGUGCCGCUAAGGCGGUCGGCAAGGUCAUUCCUUCCCUAAACGGCAAGCUCACUGGUCUUUCUUUCCGUGUUCCCACUUUGGAUGUCUCCGUCGUCGACCUUGUCGUGCGCCUCAAGAAGCCCGCCACAUACGAUGACAUCAAGAAGGCAAUGAAGGCCGCUUCUGAGGGCCCUCUCAAAGGCGUCAUCGCCUACACCGAUGAACAGGUCGUCUCGACGGACUUCCUCGGUCACCCUGCAUCGAGCAUCUUCGAUGCCAAUGCUGGUAUCAUGCUCAACUCGCAGUUCGUGAAGUUGAUCUCAUGGUACGACAACGAGUGGGGCUACUCGAGGCGUGUGUGUGACUUGCUUGUAUCCGCUUAUCUCUCCAACGUCAUCAUGUCUGAGGAUUGCAAGGCAGAAACGAAGGACUUUUUCUGGUUUUUGAAGGUGGUGUGGGAAAAGUGCUUCUGGUACCGUAGUGGACGACUUCCCGCAGCAAUUCAGAUCGCUGUUCUAGUUCUAAACGUUUCAUGCAGACGUGCGGCCCAUAAUCGUUCCAGUGACGAGAGCGCGCGAAGCUCGAAGUCAGCGGCACAAGAGAAGAAUGCUCUCGGGAAAUAA